AUGCCUCAGCUCCAGCUGUGCACCAUCCUGAAUAUUUUGCAUAAUAAGCUUCACCACUGGAGGCCAAACUACUGCAAGCUGAGGGUGCCGUGUGCUUCGUUAGCCGGCGAGGAAGGUGCCACAGGUGACUGGGCCGCGUGCCUGGAUCCAAAUUACAGCCUGAUCCACAGAAUACAGAGCAAACACUGCAGGGUGUACUCUUUUGGGUUGGGAGUGGACAACAAGUCCCUGGAGCGUCUUCUCUCAGGAUCAGGCUGUGAGGUCCACUGCUUCGAUCCUAGCCUGAAGCAGCCUCACCUGCAGAAAGCCAACAUGUGGUUCCAUCGUCUCUCUGUGCACUGGAGGGAUCCCAAUCCGGCCGUCGCCGCCAAACACCAGUACGCAAACACCAAGAAGCUGGCCACCAUCUUCAAUGACUUUGGACACAGAGAUCUUAUAAAUAGCUCCGGAGUGGAUGUCCUAAAAGUCGACAUGGAGAGCGCAGAGUGGAAGAUUUUAGAGAACUUGGUUCUGGAAGGGGUCCUGGACUCAGUGGGUCAGCUGCUGCUGGAGCUUCACCUGCACUGGGCGGGCUUCGAGGUCGGCGGCGACGACCCGUCUGUGGUGCGAUACUGGUUCAGCCUGCUUAAGGAACUGGAGCGCGCCAACUUCUACCUGUUCCGCAUUCACAGCGACCCGGCCAAACCUCGCCGCUUUCUACACAAGAACCUCCUGAAUGCGAGCAGCGCGUACACGCUGAGCUACGUGAACACGCAGUGGAGGCCAUCGAGGACACCAGAUGUUCGCAGAAAAUAA